CAAUCCAAACCACGUGACUAUUUUGACGUUUAAAUGGCGGUCGUAUGGCAUGCAGUCGAUUUUGCUGGUUUACUUGCAUUGUUGCACUUGUGCUUUUCGUUGUAGAGUUGGUGUUAAAAUUGUUUUAUUUAGUUACUUGUACCCUUUGAAAAACUGUCUUUUUCAAGACAACAUUGCAAUAUUAUUUGUGAGAGUCGGACUUUUGUUUUUAUUACAAAUAUGGCUUUAAAAGAAAGUUCGUAUUUGGACCAACUAAGAAUAAGCUCUCCUGAAGCCGCAGAUAGAUAUUUGGACAAAAUCAAACAACUUAACUGUGAUCCAUAUGCUCUAAGUGAAGUCGAUUUUGAUUAUGGACUUACCUAUGUGCCACCAAUAGCUUCCAUGGACAUUCUGACCUAUAUUGUUUUUACUCACAGCUUUUAUACCCAUGAACAAAUGAGAGCUUAUAAAAGUUUAGCAGCUUACAAAUAUUUCAAGUCUGGCUUUGUAGAAAAAGUGGGUUUUAAAGUUAUUAAUGAUCUGGUGCUUUUAAUAGGCAAGGUGCAGCAUUCAAUGAGAGCUAGAGAAACCAAAUUAAGAGUUUGGAUUAUCGCUGAAACAGGUGGUAGUAUUUGUACUGCGCAUUGUACUUGCAUGGCAGGUCUUGGGGAAGUAUGUAGCCAUGUUACAGCAGUUUUGUACGCUGCAGAGCAUGCAGCAUAUUUGAAGCAGCAGAAAAAUGAAAAGAAUGUAGCGUGUACAGAUGUCAAAUCAACUUGGCCAGUUCCAACGCAAAGUGGUACACAUCCAAUAGAAGCUGCUUCACUAGACUGGGGGAAAGUGAUAGAAGAAAAAAAUUAUAAGGAAAUUCCUCCAAUGGAUGAUAGCGAAAUGUUGGACUUGCUGCAAGAAUUGCAAAAUUCCAAUUGUGACGCUGUUUUGAUGAGGCAUGUAGAGCCAUUUGCGUCACAACUGUCAGAUGAAAAUAAUGAAAAAGUUAGUAUACCAGUCCUUUUUAAUGUGUACCAUAAAAAAUAUGAAAAAAUGCCUCUAGAUGAUCUCAUUCAACUAGGUAUGAAAUGUAAAAUGGAGGUAACCCAGAAUAUACGAAGAGAAAUAGAAGAUAAGACACAGGACCAAAGGAAAUGUGCAGAGUGGUAUAGACAAAGGACUGGUAGAGUAACAGCUUCAAUUUUUAAAGAUGUCUGUAGAACCAAUGUGGAGAAACCAUCCCUAUCUUUGAUCAAAUCAAUAUGUUACCCUCGCAAAAUUUCUACAAGGGCAAUAAGAUGGGGGAUAAAUCACGAACAGCUGGCAAUUGAUGCUUAUAAAAAAGAAACUAGCAGGAAUCAUAGAGACUUUAUAGUGAAUACAAUUGGCUUGGUUGUUCUGAAGCUAUAAAAUAUAAGCUAUAUAAAAUGAGUGAGAUUAAAUAAAUUAUUAGAAGAAUUUUUUUGCUUAGCAACAACACUUUUGUUUAUUAGUAAUAUUUUGUAUUUUGACAACGGCACCCGAUUUGGGCGUCGAAACGUUAAUAAAAUUAUUUUUUUCAUUUUUUUUUUCAUUUUAAUUGUGGCUUAUUUCCCAUAUAAAUAAUUAAUUGGCUUGGUAGUGUGCAUGAAAUGGCCUCAGUUAGGUGCCUCACCUGAUGGAUUUGUGUAUUGUGACUGUUGUGCUGCGGGUACCUUAGAAGUAAAGUGUCCAUUUUCUCUUCGAGAAAAUGGAAAUUUACAGGAGUAUGCAAGUCGAAAGGACUCCUGUCUUGAAUGUGAUAAAACUGGUACAGUAAAAAUGAAUAAAAAACAUAAGUACUAUUACCAGGUGCAAGCACAAAUAUUUAUUUGUAAACUUAAUUAUUGUGACUUUGUUGUCUGGUGUCCUAAUUUUAUAUUUAUCGAAAGAGUUUUACCAGACAUAAAAUUUUGGGAAGAAAUUAAAGAUAAAGUCCUAAAUUUUCAUGCAAAAGUAAUUAUGCCUGAACUUUUAGGACGUUAUUACACUUCCAGAGUACCAGGUGGCAAUAUAACAAAGUGGUGUUUUUGCAAUAAUGUCGAUGAUGGCCAACCUAUGGUUCAAUGCUCAUAUGAGAAUUGUAAUAUUUUCUGGUUCCAUAUUGGGUGUGUAAAUUUAUUAGAAAAACCCAAAACUAGGUGGACAUGUUCAAUAUGCAACCAGAAACUAUUUCAUGAUUAUGCCACAUAAAAUUUUAAUGGUUCAUGUUUCCAUUAUUUUCAUAAUCAUUAUUGAGUCCAUUCACUCUCUUCUUCCAUUUCGCACUUUCUGCACCAUGGUUCAUUCACCUUACUUGUCACCAUUUCAGUGACCGUUUUCAUCUCUCGUUUAUUGAGGUUCAUGAAACUGUUUGAGUUUUUUAUUAAUAUUCUUGAUUAUUUUUUUUUUAUUUAGUCUAGACUUGAACUUGAGUGGUUCUCCUUUUCUAUUGAUGAUUCUUUAUCAGCCAUUUCUGAACCUCAUUUUUCGUAGCAUCAUUAGUGAUGCCACAGAAAGGUUCUGGACCUUCAAAAGUUUCCCUCGAGCCAUGUUUAUUCCAUAUAUACAUACAAAAGUACAGUGUACCAUAGUAUACAUAUACUUUUAAGAGGAAAUUUUGAAACUUUGUUUCCUUAAUAUUUUUACAAUUCAUUCUACGGUUGAUAUAGGUCAGUCUCCGAAACAUCAAAUAAAUACAUUCUUUUCAGUUUUCAUAUGAUUUAUUUUCAUUAAAAUUGUCACAAAUUUUUUAUUAAUAUCAAAAUACAAAAACAACCAAUGAGGUGUACAUAAAUAAUAUACGCUAGCCACAGUCAUUAUUGUAAGAAUGCUACUUAAAGUUAAAAUUAAAUCAUUUGAAUGCAAAUUAUUGUCUGGAAUUGUUGAAUUCUGGACAUUAUUUUCGUUCUAGUUGAACACAUUUUUUGCAAUUUUUUUAUGCAAUCAUUAUGUUACUACAUGAUCUCUUGCUCUUGUAUUGGCUUUUAAAUUGUUAACUGUACUUAGUUUUUUACAAACUUAAUGUCUGUAUUUUACAUUUCUCAAUGGUUCGUUUCACUAGCUGCUUUACUUACAACUUGCUAGUUGCAUUGCUUUUUUUCUAUGGAUGUUUGUUAUUUAUCAAACUCAUUUGUAGAUGAACUGGUAAUGUUCACUAAUUAGUGAACAAAAAUGUCUUCAAUAAAUAGAUGAAGUAGCCGAA